AUGUCUCUCUGGGUUGAUUGUUACCGACCAAAGUCGCUCGAUGAACUUCACUAUCACGAAAGCCUCUCGGCCCGCCUGCGAUCUCUGGCUGCUUCCGGAGACUUCCCGCAUAUGCUGUUCUAUGGACCAUCAGGAGCGGGGAAGAAGACUCGGAUAGCAUGCACGCUGAAGGAGUUGUUCGGAAAGGGGGUGGAGAAGCUUAAGAUUGACCAGCGAGUCUUCUUGACACCAUCCAGGCGAAAGCUGGACGUGAAUGUCGUCCAGAGUAAUUUUCACCUUGAAAUCACACCCAGUGAGGUUGGUAACUACGACCGAGUAGUCAUUCAGGAACUCCUGAAGGAAAUUGCCCAAACACAGCAAGUCGAUAUCAACGCGCGGCAUAGAUUCAAGGUUGUCGUCAUCAACGAGGCUGACUCUCUCACCCGUGAUGCUCAAGCGGCUCUCCGUCGGACGAUGGAGAAGUACAUGUCGAACAUGCGCAUCAUCCUUUGCGCAAAUAGCACAAGCAAGCUCAUUGCCCCGAUCAAGAGUCGAUGUCUUCUGGUUCGAGUGGCGGCUCCUACAGAAGAAGAGAUGGUUACGGUCAUGAAGCACGUUGCAUCUCGCCAAAACUUCCGGAUAGAGGACGAGAGUGUAGUUUGCGAGAUUGCUCGGGAUGCAGAAGGCAACCUUCGGAAAGCGCUGCUGGUGUUCGAAGCUCUGAAAAUGCAGACUGGCAGUCUCAACGGUCCGAUAACAAUCGCAAAACCCGACUGGGAAACUUAUUGCAUCAAGGUCGGGGAUAUGAUCACCCAAGAGCAGUCGCCACAACGAGUGAUGGACGUGCGAACGAAGCUCUACGAACUCCUCUCUCACUGUAUACCUCCCACUGUCAUCCUGAAGACAAUUGCAGCACGUGUGGUCGAAAAGGUCGAUGAAAGCCUAAAGGCUGAUAUCAUGCACUGGGCGGCCGUGUAUGAGGUUCGCAUGCGCGUGGGCAACAAAAAGAUCUUCCACCUCGAGGCAUGGGUUGUCAAGGUUAUGAGCAUAUACAAGCACUUCUUCUAUGGUAUUGAUAUGGGCUCAUUUGAGUGA